AUCAAUUAUGCAGGGCAGCGGCACGCACUGGGAAGGAAGAUAGCAGCACCAAUAUGGCGACAGCCGCAGUUACUCCCGACUCUUUUCCACAUCUGCAGUUCAGUGCCAGCUGUCAGGAUAUCUGUUAAUGCGAGAAAAAGUAAAGCUGGUUGUCGGGGAUGGUAAACAAAUAAAAGGGAAAUAGCUGCAGGAUGAAAACAUGGCCGCACCCCUUCUUGCACCCCCAGGACCUGACAGCUUCAAGAAGUUCACCCCGGAGUCUCUCGCUAACAUCGAGAAGCGCAUUCAGGAAGAGAAAAACAAGAAGCCUCCCAAGCCCAGAUCGGACAGUAGUCACCGCGACACAUCUGACGACAAUGAGCUGAAGCCCAACAGCGACCUGGAGGCAGGCAAGAGCCUGCCCUUCAUCUAUGGCGAUAUUCCUGAUGGAAUGGCAGCAACGCCCCUGGAGGACUUGGAUCCAUACUAUUUGAACCAGAAAACAUUUAUAGUCCUAAACAAGGGGAAAACAAUCUUCCGCUUCAGUGCCACACCCUCCUUGUACAUCAUAAGCCCUUUUAAUCCACUUAGGCGAAUAGCUAUAAAGAUUUUGAUACAUUCGUUAUUCAGCAUGAUCAUCAUGUGUACCAUUUUGACCAACUGUAUAUUCAUGACAUUUAGUGACCCGCCAGAAUGGUCCAAACAAGUAGAGUAUACCUUCACGGGUAUCUACACGUUCGAGUCGCUCACAAAAAUCGUUGCCCGAGGUUUUGCCAUCGACGGCUUCACGUUUCUCAGAGAUCCAUGGAACUGGCUGGACUUCAUGGUCAUUUCAAUGGCAUAUAUAACAGAGUUUGUGGACCUUGGGAAUGUCUCGGCGCUGAGAACGUUCAGGGUUCUCCGAGCAUUGAAAACUAUUUCUGUCAUUCCAGGCCUGAAGACCAUUGUGGGCGCUUUGAUCCAGUCUGUGAAGAAGCUGUCGGAUGUGAUGAUCCUGACCGUCUUCUGUCUCAGCGUCUUUGCGCUGAUCGGCUUGCAGCUGUUCAUGGGAAACCUCCGGAACAAGUGCGUCUUCUGGCCGAUCAACAUGACCGAGCAGUACCUGGAGAACGGCAGCCGAGGUUUCGACUGGAACAAAUACAUCUAUAACGACUCAAAUUUCUACUUCCUGCCCGGUGCUCUGGACGCUCUGCUGUGUGGAAACAGUUCAGACUCAGGACGAUGUCCAGAGGGUUUCACGUGCAUGAAAGCUGGAAGAAACCCGAACUAUGGUUACACCAGUUUUGACAGCUUCGGGUGGGCUUUCCUCACCCUCUUUCGUCUCAUGACUCAGGACUUCUGGGAAAAUCUCUACAUGCUGACUCUGCGAGCUGCAGGGAAGACCUACAUGGUAUUCUUUGUGCUGGUCAUCUUUGUGGGCUCCUUCUACCUGGUCAAUCUGAUCUUGGCUGUGGUGGCCAUGGCUUAUGAGGAGCAGAAUCAGGCCACAAUGGAGGAGGCUGAGCAAAAAGAGGCCGAAUUCAAAGCUAUGCUGGAACAGCUCAAAAAGCAGCAGGAGGAGACGCAGGCUGCAGCUAUGGCCACAUCGGCAGGGACCGUGUCAGAGGCUGCGUUAGAGGACGUAGAAGGGGGUCACUUGUCCCGCAGCUCCUCAGAGGUCUCCAAGCUGAGCUCCAAAAGCGCCAAAGAGCGACGCAAUCGCAAGAAGAAAUGGCGACAGAAAGAGCAGGAGAAGGAGAAAGGAGACAGCGAGAAGGUAGUCAAGUCUGAGUCGGACGACGGCAGCAAGAAGAGCACCAUCCGCUUCCCAGGAACCCGACUGGGCAGGAAGACGUCCAUCAUGAACCAGUCUCUGCUCAGCAUCCCCGGCUCGCCCUUCAUGUCGCGCCACAACAGCCGCAGCAGCAUCUUCAGCUUCAAGGGCCGCUCCAAGGACAUGGGCUCGGAGAACGAGUUUGCGGACGACGAGCACAGCACUGUGGAGGAGAGCGAAGACCGCCGAGGCUCGCUGUUCAUACCUUACCGUCGCAACAGCUACAGCGGCUACAGCCAGGGCUCGUCCCGCAUCCACCCACUGGCGCCACACUCUGGAGGGAAGAGGAACAGCACGGUGGACUGCAACGGCGUGGUGUCGCUCAUCGGCCCCGGGCCUGGCAGACGGCUUCUGCCUGAGGUGAAAAUAGAUAAGGCAGCCACUGAUGACAGUACUACAGAUGUGGAGAUUAAGAAGAAACACUCCGGCUCUCUCAUGAUUUCUGUGGAUCAGCUCAACUCCUCCUUCAAAGGAAAGGACCGUGCCAACAGUCAGAUGAGCGUGGUCACCAACACACUCAUAGAAGAGUUAGAAGAGUCUCAAAGAAAAUGUCCUCCCUGCUGGUACAAGUUUGCAAACAUCUUCCUUAUCUGGGAAUGCUGCCCCAUCUGGCUAAAAAUCAAGCACAUCGUCUAUCUGAUUGUCAUGGACCCGUUUGUGGAUCUGGCCAUCACCAUCUGCAUCGUGCUCAACACUCUCUUCAUGGCCAUGGAGCAUUACCCGAUGACGCCGCAUUUCGAGGAGGUCCUGGCCGUCGGCAACCUGGUUUUCACCGGCAUCUUUGCUGGCGAGAUGUUUGCCAAGCUCAUAGCCAUGGACCCCUACUACUACUUCCAGGAAGGCUGGAACUGCUUUGACGGCUUCAUCGUGACCCUGAGUUUGGUUGAACUGGGGCUGGCGGACGUGGAGGGACUCUCAGUUCUCAGGUCUUUCCGAUUGUUAAGAGUGUUCAAACUGGCCAAGUCGUGGCCCACACUAAACAUGCUGAUUAAGAUCAUUGGAAACUCGGUGGGAGCUCUGGGUAAUUUGACCUUGGUGUUGGCCAUCAUUGUCUUCAUCUUUGCCGUGGUGGGAAUGCAGCUGUUUGGAAAAAGCUACAAGGACUGUGUGUGCAAGAUCGCGUUGGACUGCGAACUCCCACGCUGGCACAUGAACGACUUCUUUCACUCCUUCCUGAUCGUGUUCAGAGUGCUGUGUGGAGAGUGGAUUGAAACAAUGUGGGACUGCAUGGAGGUGGCAGGACAAGCCAUGUGCAUUAUCGUCUUCAUGAUGGUUAUGGUCAUUGGAAAUCUGGUGGUGCUGAACCUGUUUCUGGCUCUGCUGCUGAGCUCGUUCAGUGCAGACAACCUGGCUGCCACCGAUGACGACGGAGAACCCAACAACCUCCAACUCGCUGUUGCCCGCAUCAAGAAAGGGAUCGCCUGGUUUAAAGUCAACAUGCGAAUCUUGGUAGCCACGGUUCUCAAAAAGCCUAUAGAGGACGAGCAGAAGCCUUUGGAUUAUGAGGAAAAGCUCAACUGCAUAGCAAACCACCCUGCUGAAAUCAACCGAGAACUGGACUACCCCAAAAAUGGCAACGGCACCACCAGCGGCAUCGGGAGCAGUGUGGGAAAGUACAUGAUCGACGACGACUACAUGUCUUUCAUCCACAACCCCAACCUCACUGUGUGCGUUCCCAUCGCCGUGGGAGAGUCAGACUUUGAAAACCUCAAUACGGAGGACUUCAGCAGCGAAUCAGAUGUGGAAAACAGCAAAGAUUUGGAUGACACCAGUUCAUCUGAGGGCAGCACGAUAGACAUCAAGCCUGACGUAGAGGAGGUGGCAGUGGUUGAAGUCGUGGAAGAGUAUCUUGAUCCUGAUCCCUGCUGGACUGACGAGUGUGUGGCCAAAUACAAGUGCUGCGAUGUUCCCAUCACUCACGGAUGGGGAAAGCACUGGUGGUUCCUGAGGAAGACCUGCUACCUGAUAGUGGAGCACAACUGGUUUGAGACCCUCAUCAUCUUCAUGAUCCUCCUCAGCAGUGGAGCUCUGGCCUUUGAGGAUGUGUAUAUUGAACAGAGGAAGACGGUGCGCAUCAUUCUAGAUUACGCCGAUCGAGUUUUCACCUACAUCUUCAUCCUGGAGAUGUUGCUGAAAUGGGUGGCCUACGGCUUUGUCAAGUACUUCACCAAUGCCUGGUGCUGGCUGGACUUCUUCAUUGUGGAUGUGUCUAUAGUCAGCCUUAUAGCUAAUGCUUUGGGCUUCUCCGAUCUAGGCCCGAUUAAAUCACUCAGGACACUGAGGGCCUUGAGACCCCUCAGGGCCCUGUCACGUUUUGAAGGGAUGAGGGUUGUGGUGAACGCCUUGGUGGGCGCCAUACCCUCCAUCAUGAACGUGCUGCUUGUGUGCCUCAUCUUCUGGCUCAUCUUCAGCAUCAUGGGUGUUAACCUGUUUGCCGGGAAAUACUACUACUGCUUCAACGAGACGGCUGAAGCGUACUUUCUGCCGAAUGACGUCAACAAUAAAACCCAGUGCUUUGAGCUGAUUAACAGUAAUUACACUGAAGUCCGGUGGAAAAACGUGAAGAUCAAUUUUGACAACGUGGGUGCAGGAUAUCUUGCACUUUUGCAAGUGGCAACUUUUAAAGGUUGGAUGGACAUUAUGUAUGCAGCAAUAGAUUCCAGAAAGGUGGAAGACCAGCCUGUCUAUGAGGACAACCUCUACAUGUACAUCUACUUUGUCAUAUUCAUCAUCUUUGGCUCCUUCUUCACCCUGAAUCUCUUCAUUGGUGUCAUCAUCGAUAAUUUCAAUCAACAGAAGAAAAAGUUUGGAGGUCAGGAUAUCUUCAUGACAGAAGAGCAAAAGAAAUACUACAAUGCAAUGAAAAAACUUGGGUCAAAGAAACCACAGAAACCAAUACCAAGGCCUCAGAACCAGAUCCAAGGAAUGGUGUUUGACUUUGUGACACAGCAGGUGUUUGACAUUUCCAUCAUGAUCCUCAUCUGCCUCAACAUGGUCACCAUGAUGGUGGAGACCGACGAUCAGUCAGAAGAAACGGAGGUCGUGCUUUACUGGGUCAACUUCGUGUUCAUCGUGGUUUUCACCGGCGAGUUCCUCCUCAAGCUGUUUGCGCUGCGCCACUAUUACUUCACCAAUGGCUGGAACAUCUUCGACGUGGUGGUGGUCAUCCUCUCCAUUGUGGGUAUGUUUCUGGCUGACCUGAUCGAGAAGUACUUUGUGUCGCCGACACUCUUCAGGGUGAUCCGUCUGGCUCGUAUCGGCAGGAUCCUGCGUCUCAUCAAGGGCGCCAAAGGAAUUAGAACUCUGCUGUUCGCCCUCAUGAUGUCGCUCCCCGCCUUGUUCAACAUCGGCCUCCUGCUCUUCCUGGUCAUGUUCAUCUUCUCCAUCUUUGGCAUGUCCAACUUUGGCUACGUGAAACACGGGGCCGGCAUCGACGACAUGUACAACUUUGAGACGUUUGGAAACAGCAUGAUCAUCCUGUUCAUGAUCACCACGUCGGCAGGUUGGGACGGCCUUCUGCUGCCCAUCCUCAACUACCCGCCGGACUGCGACCCGCUUUUAGAGAACGCCGGCACGCCCGCAACCGGAGACUGUGGCAACCCGUCCGUGGGCAUCUUCUUCUUUGUCAUGUACAUCAUCAUUUCUUUCCUAAUCGUGGUCAACAUGUACAUUGCCAUCAUCCUGGAGAACUUUAGUGUGGCCACGGAGGAAAGCGCAGACCCACUCAGUGAGGACGACUUUGAGACCUUUUAUGAAAUUUGGGAGAAAUUUGACCCUGAUGCCUCCCAGUUCAUUACGUAUGCCAAGCUUUCUGACUUUGCCGACGCGCUUGAGCACCCGCUGCGUGUCCCCAAGCCCAACACCAUUGAGCUGAUCGCUAUGGACAUGCCUAUGGUGAGUGGAGACCGCAUCCACUGCCUGGACAUCCUGUUUGCCUUUACCAAGCGAGUGCUGGGCGACAGCGGGGAGCUGGACAUGCUCAGGCAGCAAAUGGAGGAGCGCUUUGUGGCUGCCAAUCCCUCUAAAGUCUCCUAUGAGCCGAUUACCACCACUCUGAGGCGAAAACAGGAGGACGUGUCUGCGAGGAUCAUCCAGCGGGCCUACCGCUCCCACCUGGCCUGGCGGGGAUUUGUGUGCAAGCGCAAACCGGCCAACAACAAAGCCGAGAACCAGGAGCAAGAAAAGAAGGAGGGCACUCCAUCCACUGCCUCCCUGCCUUCUUAUGACAGUGUGACCAAACCUGAGAAGGAGAAGCAGGACGACAACAACGAGGGCAGGGGAGAGAGGAAAGAGAGGGGCAGAAACCAAAAAGACAUCAGGGAGUCUCAGUGUUAGGCUGGGGAAGGGGUGACGAAUAACCACAUUAAUAACAGUACAGAUUUAACUAAUGUAACUUCAAGCAGAGUGAGAGAAAACUCACCCACACAGAUGUACAGAUUAUUUCAUUUGCAAGUCAGAAAAAAAAAUAGUCCUCAAUAAUUUUGUUUACAGACUUCAUUCCUAUACGGAUGCGGAGCGGGGCGAGAAACGACUGAACUUUAGUCAAACCAAACAUAAUCAGCAUUCUGUGUGGCACUCUUAUAUCAACACAACCGAUCCUAAUGAAAAGGGGAAAGGAAGACAGAAGAGGGGGAAAAUCCGACGUUUUUCCACCAAGUAACUCUACACCAAGAGGCUGGAAGGCAAAAACGGGAAUCCAGCGCCGUGUGGCUGCAGAUGACAAGGAAGCUGCUCGGUCUUUCAGCGGUCAAAGUGGUUCUGUGUCAGUGUGUAGAGACACAAGCGACAGACUCACUCUAUGAGCAAACAGAGGGAUGACUGGUGAGUGAGAGAAAGACAAACUGAGAGUCUAAAGUAUUUUCUCUUGUUUUAUUAAAACUAGAAUUUUUUUUUUGUCUUUUUGAGCAGCAAAAAAUGCAAACCGAGAAACAAACCAACAAAAAAAAAGAAAAAAAAAAGAAAAAAAAGAACAAUAUUCAAACAGUUUGCCCAUGUCGGUCAACUACUCACAUUGUCUUUGUUACACCCACAUACAAAAAUGCUUUAUUUUACAUGGGCUUUUUGCACCAAAUUGGUUAAAGGGUCUGUUUAUUAACAGGGGUUCAACUCGGGGCCAAGGGCUUCCAUUUACUCAGAAAGAUUUCCAGACAAAUACAUAAAUAAUUGUGCUUGUUCAAUGCAUAGAAAUGACUUGCAUGAAGGCAUGUUUUGAUCAGAAAUCUUGCAUGAAUUAUCAUAGUCCACAAGACACUAAUACGCAGACUUCACCGGCGGCUUGAUGAUCCGUACGAUCGAGGCGUUUCUUUUGGUCAAAAUUUUAAGAGUUUUGGAGGUAAUUUCUUCAACAAAAACAAGCGGUAUGUGGGUUGAUCGGCUAAAACUGAUUUCAUCAUUUGACACAUUUCAGAUGUUUAAUCUAUAAACAGUAGAAUAAAACACCACCUCAAUGUGUGAAAUGCAAGCACUUUCUUUGCUGCUCGGAAGAUUUUGGGUGUGUAAGACGAAGAAAAAGACGUCCGAGUGGAUCAAUGGACUGAAAUGUUUCGUUUGGACUGGAAUGUUUUAAGGAAGCUUGAAAAGCGUAUGUUUAUCAUUUGUAUGCUCCUGUCUAAUGUUUCGCAUCAUCUGCCUUUUUACUUUAACGCGAGCGGGAGUCUGACUGUCCGCUGUUUGGGAUUUGGGUUUUGGCAACCCCUUUUCCCAUUCCUUUUUUUUUUUUUUUUUUUUUUUUUUUUCCUCUAACCUUUAUAAAAAGGGCUCGGAAGAGUUUGGAGUCUCGUUUUAAACGGUUUUAUUCGCUAAUGUAAAUGUUUGUUUUCUUCCCUGGUGUAAUGCUGAUGUUUCAGAGGGCAAUGAGGCUUAUAUUACAGUUUUAUAAACCACGUCAAGCCGAGAGGAAAGCUGUUGUUUUGUGCUGAAAGGUAUGUUUGGGGUGUUCAAAGUGAGCGAUGUAAACUCAUGAGUGGGUGAUGAGAACAUUGUGUGUGGAGAAGCCAAAGAGAUCUGCCUUGUAAUCCCUUGUUGUCCUUUACCGAUGGAGUGGGACUGCCCAUUCUGUUUUUGUUUUUUUUUCUUCUGCUGUCGUUAUCAGACAGAGAGACCCUAGAAAUGUAUGCAAUGCUUGAAAAAUUCUUCCCUUUUUCUCAGGAGAUAUAAUAGAUGUAUUAUUAAGAGCUCUGCAACAAAAUGCAAUUGAAUGUGGCGGGAGUAUCAUUAUAUGUAAAAUCAUGUUUAAUCGUUUCUGUUUUGUGCCACUCUUGGGGGACAGUGACUCUUGGCCGUCUCAGUCCAACAGCCGCCUCGGUCGGGUUGGGGGGCGUCAUUUAAUGCUUCCUGCUUCAGAUGCUUUGCCAACAAAAGGCUAGAGGCACCACAGUGACCAGGCGACAUGACCCGCUUAUAACCGGUGGCGUAUUUAUGUUUGGGGCCAUUUCAGUGUGGAUUGAAAUAAUUGAAUACAAAAAAAAAAAAUAAAAAAUUCACCCCGAUUGUAAAACAUAGGUCACAAGAGGAGAUGUCACAAGAGUGAGUUGGGAUUUGUUGGGUUUUUAACAGCACAGAGGUAGAAGUGGAAAAGCCCCAAAUGUAAGCAGGAGUUUUGAGCUUCUCAUUUUCCAUUUUCCUUCAUGUCGCUUACCUGUCAAAAGAAAAUCAUACCAAAUAACCGACAGAGCACCGGAUGCAUUUCUUCUUAUGGUACUGUGAACCUGAGCACCACAACCCGGAGCAUUUGCACUUCCUGCUGUGCAGCGAUGUCACUUCCCUUUUUGUGAAUAAGCCCCGCCCCCCCUCAUCCGUUAUUUCCCAUGCUCCAGCUGCUGCAUGAGAUCUCCAGAACCAGUGUGGGUGUCAACUUGAACCAAAUAAAAAUCUGAAUGACAAGCAUAAAGCUAUCACCGUGCAUUUUCUCCAACAUCUCCAAGAUUUUUCUGAUGGGGGGGGGGGAAAAUUUAAAAAAUCGACUUUGCCGUAAAUAAAUACACAAAUUCAUGCUCUUUAGGGCACAAACUGCAAAAGCUAUCUUUUUUUAAUGAACUAUAGAUAAUGUAAUAUAUCAUUUUAAGCGCAUGUGUAGUUUCUUUUUGUUUUUUUGUUGUUGCUUUUUUUUAUUAUUAUUAUUUUUGUAAAUACAGGAUUACCGUAAAGAAAAAAACUACAGCUAUUAGUUUUAACUCUAAAUACAAAUAACCAUAAAUAGAAUGGCUUCCAGCUGAUGCCCCUUUGUCACUCUUGUUAGGCUGUGAUGCAUUGUUAAAAGGUGUAGAUUUUUUUUGUGUCACUUUUCAUAAUAAAGAGGGAAAUAAGUGAAAAUAAUCUAUAUUAAAAAAAAAAACAGAAAAUUGUGUGUAAAGCUGUAUAAAUCAAAAUGCACAUAUUCAGAGCUGUGUUACAUAUAUAUUAUAUAUAUAUUCUUUUAUACCUAUACAUACAUAUACUUAUACACACAUAUAUAUAUAUAAGUAGUAUAUAUAUGUGUAUAGGUAUAUAUAUAUAUAAAUACGUUAGAACCAUGUCUGUAACUCAACUCUCCUGUCCACUCAUGAGGUGACACCAGAUCCACUGAGUGUAAGUGAUCCCGCUUCUUUCUUUGUGUGGUACGCUCAGAGAAUUUCCUAAAAUCUGGCCUGCCCGGGACUUUCCCCAGUAUCGAGUAUCGGCCUACAAUGCAUGAUGUUGUACUGGCUGCUUGCUGAGAAUUGUGGAGCCUGCCUUGGUGAGAGGAUUGCACUACCAGCAUACCAAGCCCUACACACACACACAUCGCCCCUCUCUCUUUUUUUUUUGUACGUGUGUGAACAUGUCUUGCCCCUAUAGUUUCCCCACUUUGUGUACACAGAUGCAAAAUGGCACACACACACACACGCACACACACACACCACAGACAUGCAUCCUCAUUUUGGCCUUUUUGUAGACAACUGCUGUUUAACCAGAUCACUUCAAUUGCUUGCUGCAGCCCCUAACCCUUCAUGUACCCCCACCCUUAACCUUAACACAUUUGCUGCAGCUUAGAGUCGAUCCUUGAUUUUUGCUGACACUUUUAAUAAGGUAUAUCUAACAAUUUAAGGAUUAGUUGUCUUAACUGUCUGUAAUGUUUGUUUAUGGUGCAAUAUCUCUUAACGGCACGUGCCUUUUUAGCUUUCUAUCAAUAAAAUCCUGCAACGAAGAUCACCCUCAGAGCGAAUCAAAAGCGGAGCAUGACGACAUGCUGAGUUCGAAGCGAACUGAAAACUCACCACCUAUAGUGUAGACUGUCUGGACUAACAUCGUGUAGAGUCUUGUAGGAAGUGCUCUCUCUCUCUCUGUGUUUUGUUGUGUUGCUGGCUCGUCAGCCGGGGAGACAACAGCUUGCCUUCUGUUUUACACUUCUGUUUUCUUUUCUUCUUUUUUCUUUUUUUUUUCCCAGAGGUUGGUUUAUCAAUCAGUAUAUGAGGCCAUUGUUUUGUAGCAUGACUGAGAUGAAUUUCUUCUCUUUGAAAAUAGCUUAACUAAAAAGAAAAAAAAGAACAACUUUUGACUGUCAUUUCUUUCCACUGUUACAGUCAAGAAAGAGGGUAUAUGUUGCACACCACAUGGGACAAUUAAGUGAGAAAUCGGUGAAAGAAUGUCUUCAUUUGAGCACGAACCUAUUUCCAAACAAUAAAGCAGCCUUCCAGU